GCCGAGCGCGGCUGUGCCGGUACCAGCGACGACAACAAGCGGAGGGGCCGGGCUUGAGGGAGGCGGGCCCGGCCGCCUCCCCCCGCCCGCUGAAGAGCGCCUGCGAGGGCGGGCAGGCGGCAGAGCGAGGAGCGGAGCCGAGAGGAGCCGGGUGGCAUCGGAACCAGGGCAGAACCGGGGGAGAACCAGGGCAGAACGAGCGCGGAACCAGCGCGGCAUCACCGCGGGCCGCCCUCACCCGCGGCCCGGCCGGCAGCGCCCACGCACCGCGGGCACCCGCCUGCCUUGCCUGCCGCAUCCCGCCCCUUCUGUGCCCCCCUGCUUCGGCCGGGACUCUCCGCCGGGAUCAGCGCUGUUGUUGUUGGCCGGCGCGGCCGCGUCGAGGAUAUUUUGGCUCGCCCGGAGGCAGCGGCGCCUCGAUCCCUUGGACGCCGCGUGUGGGGCCGGGGCCGCCGCCGGGGAGGGAGCGCAGGAGCGCCGGCACCGCGGGCCAGAUGAGUGACUUUGGGAUCAGGAACAUGGAUCAAGUGGCUCCCGUGUCCAACAUGUACAGGGGAAUGCUCAAGCGUCAGCCGGCGUUUGACACCUUUGACAGCUCAAACUCGCUUCUUGCUGGAUAUUUUUUCUCACUCAGUGAAGACCAAACGCUUCAGGAAGUGCCAACGGGAUUUGACUCCACUUCUUAUGAGUCGAACAACUGUGAAUUGCCUCUGUUAACCCCGUGCAGCAAGGCCGUGAUGAGUCAGGCCCUGAAAGAUACUUUCAGUGGUUUCACAAAGGAACAGUGUCGGCUGGGUAUCCCAAAUAAUCCCUGGCUAUGGACUGAACAGCAAGUUUGCCAGUGGCUUUCAUGGGCUACCAAUGAGUUCAGCUUAGCAAAUGUGAACUUCCAUCAGUUUCUUAUGAGUGGCCAAGACUUGUGCAACCUGGGCAAGGAACGUUUCUUGGAACUGGCACCCGACUAUGUGGGUGAUAUUCUGUGGGAGCACCUGGAGCAGAUGAUAAAAGACAGCCAAGAGAAAACACAGGAUCAAUAUGUGGAGAACUCUCACCUCACCUCAGUUCCCCACUGGGUCAAUAACAAUUCCUUAACUGUUAAUGUAGAUCAGAAUUCCUAUGGAAUGCAAAUGCCUGGAUACCCUAAACCCCUCAGUUAUCCCAAACCAAAUCUCCUGACUGACGUCUGUCAGACUUCCACAGCACCGAAUCUCCUCAACCCAGAACAAGACUUCCCAUUGUUCCCUAAAACCCAAGCAGAUGCUGUUGGUGUGAACUACUGUGCAGUAAACCAAGAUUUCCCAAGGAGCAACCUCAAUCUGCUGAUGGAUAACUCUGGCAAGCUGAGAGAACAUGAAUCCAGUGACAGUGGUGCUGAGAGCUACGAGAGCUCGGAUUCCAUGCUGCAGUCCUGGAACAGCCAGUCCUCCCUGGUGGAUUUGCAGCGUGUGCCAUCCUACGAGAGCUUUGAGGACGACUGCAGCCAGUCCCUGUGUCUGAGCAAACCUACCAUGUCCUUCAAGGACUACAUUCAGGAACGGAGUGAUCCUGUGGAGCAAGGGAAACCAGUUAUACCAGCAGCCAUCCUGGCUGGCUUUACUGGCAGUGGACCUAUCCAGCUGUGGCAAUUCCUUCUGGAGUUACUGACUGACAAGUCCUGUCAGUCAUUCAUUAGCUGGACAGGAGAUGGAUGGGAAUUUAAACUUGCUGACCCAGAUGAGGUGGCGCGGCGGUGGGGCAGGAGGAAGAACAAACCCAAGAUGAACUACGAGAAGCUGAGCCGGGGCUUGCGCUACUACUACGACAAGAACAUCAUCCACAAGACGUCGGGCAAGCGCUACGUGUACCGCUUCGUGUGCGACCUGCACAACCUGCUGGGCUACACCCCCGAGGAGCUGCACGCCAUGCUGGGCGUCACGCCCGACACCGAGGACUGAGCCCGGCCCCGCCUGGCGCAUCUGCAACCUCGGCUGGGGCGCGGGGACGACGCCCGGGAGCGCAGCCGAGCCCCCGCCGCGCUCGGGGACGGGGAGGCUGCCCACAGGCGGGACCUUCAUCCAUUUUGUGGAGAGGGAGCGGCGCGGCCGGCGGGGCUGCGCGGGAGCGGGCGCUGGCGGGGAGGCGCUGGGGAAGCUCCCGGGGUCGGUGUUCCAGCUGCCCUGCCCUGCUUUGGACGCUGCCCUGUGAGGAUGGGCUGGCUUUGGAACCAAAGGUUGGCUGUGAGAAACCAGAGCUCGGAUGUUUCUGAGAUACCGCCGUCCUCGUGCAGUUUAUUUAAAAGCAAAGUAAUUUAUUCUAAAUGAGCAGUAAGGAGACUGGUAUUCCUUUUUGUUUUAAAGCACGUUUUUAUUAUUAUUGUUACUAUUAUUGUUACUACUCCAGAAAUGUGCUGCAUAGGUACAUAAACACUCUCGUGUCCAAAACCAGAUGUAGCAAUUAUUAACAAAAAAAAAUACAACCCACCCUUUAAAAGAAGGGAAGGAAAAUCAUACCAUUUCAAUAUUCAGUUUGUAUAUAUUCUGUGAUUCCUUUGGAAACUCCUAAUGUUCCUAUUUAACAGAUACUGUAUAGUGUAAAUUAAACUAAUUGUAUGUGUGUUUUGAAAUAGGAUGAAUGUAAACUUACCAAAUGUGGGGGGUGGUUUCAUGUUUGUCUAGCAUAUACGACCUUCUGCAAAUAUUUAAUUGGCCUGAGAGACAGCAGAAGUUCUAUGCUCAGUGUGCAUGCAUUUGGGGGGGCAGGGAGGGAGGCCGGGCUCAGGAUUUUGCCAAGGCUGAAGCUGGCAAUUCUUUGUGCAUUUUGGCAUUUUUACAGGAAACUAACGUUGUAUUCUGGGACUUAAAAGGGCCUGUUUGUGGUUUCUUCUGUAACUGAAAAAUGAAAAUAUUAAUAUGGGUAAUAUUACCUUUUUUCUUUAUAAAUGGCAUAUGUUUUUCAACUUCUAUGCAUGUACUUUUAAAAAAAAGUUUAUAUACAAGCCUUAUUUUUUCAGUUCACUUGUCUCUUCCUGCAGUUUAUUCUGUAUGAUUAAAAUACGAAUUCUAUUUUUGGAAAUAACUGUGACUCCUUUUCAAAGAUCAGGAGGGUUUUAUGUAGCAGCUAUUUUUACUGCAAAAAAAAAAAAAAAAAGGAAAAAAAAUCACUGGAAAAACGUACUUUGUAAGAAAGCUUUAUUUUUUAUCUGAGCUUGAUGUACAGUUAAAUGUGUUGUACAGUGUGAGAGGUUUAAAAAUAUGACUCCUCAUUAAAACCUCUUGAGAAGAAAA